AUGUCAGCCGUUCGGAAAAAGCUGCUUAUAGCGGGUGAUGGCACCUGCGGCGAGAUGUGUCUUCUCUUUGUAUUUAGUAAAUACCAGUUUCCUGAAGUUUAUGUCCCCUCAGUAUUUGAAAACUAUGUGGCAGAUACUGAAGUUGAUUCUAAGCAGGAACCAGUCAAACCCGAAGAGGGCAGGGAUGUGGCAAACCACAUCGGUGCUUUUGGACACGUGGAGUGCGGUGCAAAGACCAAAGAUGGUGUGAGGGGAGUUUUUGAAAUGGUCACUGGAGCUGCUUUACAAGCUCGGCGUGGCAAGAAAAAAUUGGGGUAA